GUGAGAUCCAAAAAAUUGUGCUCUAUAAUACACAGAGGGAUGUUAUUUUAAGAUUACUGAAAUGAUCAGGGUAAGUCUGGCCAUUUUAGCAGUUGGCAGUUCCAAGGAUUAUUAUGUAAGACUCAAACCUUGUCCUAGCUGCUGGUGGGUGGUGCCCAGUGAAGAUGCCUGCUCUGGGCUUCAGUGUCCUUGGAGAUGACUCUGAGUCCUUCAGCUAGUUAGGCUUCCCAGGAUAAGUACUUGUCACUCCAAGAAUCUCCUGUUUAAUGGAUGUUCAUUUUUGAAUAUCAGGCAGAUUUUUGAAUAUUGUAGUUAGGGAAUAUUGAAGACACAGGGGAUCAUUCUCCACUUUUCAUGGUCGCUUGGGUUCUUCUUCUCUCUGCAUCUUCUUUCCUCCGUAGAAACUAAAAUGUUUGAGGACAAUGGAUGGGCGGAGGAUGGGAGCCAAUUGCCAGGCACAUUAUAUCAGAAAACAAGUUUUCGUGAGGCUUUUAAAGAAUCCUGCCAGAAGUUCUAUCAGGCUGACCUGGAGGAGCUGUCCUUUGCUGAAGACACCGAAGAAAGCAGGAAACACAUAAAUGACUGGGUGAUGGAGAAGACGGAAGGUAAGAUAUCAGAGAUACUGGGGGCUGGGACAGUCGGUCCUCUGACCAAGCUGGUCCUGGUGAAUGCCAUCUAUUUCAAAGGCAAGUGGAAUGAGCAAUUUGACAGAAAGCACACCAGGGGAAUGCUCUUUAAGACUAAUCAGGAGAAGAAGACAGUACAGAUGAUGUUCAAGCAAGCCAAGUUUAAAAUGGGGCACGUGGAGGAGGUGCCAGCCCAGGUCCUGGAGCUGCCCUACGUGGGGGCCAAGCUGAGCAUGCUCAUCCUUCUGCCUGAUGAGGACACGGAUCUUGCUGUGGUGGAAAAAGCACUUACAUAUGAGAAAUUCAGAACCUGGACGAGUCCAGAAAAGCUGACUGAGGAGAAAGUUCAAGUUUUUCUUCCCAGAUUAAAGCUGGAGGCAAGUUAUGACUUGGAGGCUUUUCUUCGAAGUUUAGGAAUGACUGAUGCUUUCGAGGAAGCCAAGGCAGACUUUUCUGGAAUGUCAGCUAAGAAGAAUGUGCCCAUGUCCAAGGUUGCACACAAGUGUUUCGUGGAGGUCAACGAGGAGGGCACAGAGGCAGCCGGGGCCACUGCCGUGGUCAGGAACUCCCGGUGCUGCAGAAUGGAGCCGAGAUUUUGUGCAGACCACCCUUUCCUCUUCUUCAUCAGGCACCGGGAAACCAACAGCAUUUUGUUCUGUGGCAGGGUCUCUUCUCCAUAAGAGGCGCAAUCGCCGUACUUCUCUCUUCUCGCUUCUGCACACUCCGCCUUACUCCAAAUUCUGGUGGCCAAAUUGAUGCGGUGGUUUGACUGCUGAAAUAAAGUGCAAUUAUGCUUAACCGA